GCAGCCGGACCAACCUGACGCCAUUUAUGAUUUUUCCAGUUGCCAAUCGAUGUCGGCAAAAGCGCCUGGGAAAAGACGCCAUUGCUGCAAAACUGGUCAACAAGACUAGCAUGACCACGACCACAAGGACUGCAUCAGCACUCGGCCGAAUGCGUUCCCUCAUGCUGCUCCGAAGCAGUCAUUCUUAGCACCGCCUCUAAGAUGUCAUUCGCCGAUAAUAGAUCUUUGUGAUUUUCUUCUUGGACAACAUGCAACCGACAGCGGCUGACAAGGUCAGCAGACCUGAUGCAGAUGACGAGAGUGCUCCAUCCUCGUCAGGCACCAGUUCUCCCAAGUCUUACCUCCUGGUUCACAAUGUCUCAAAAAAGCACAAUAUUGGCACUCUGUCAAGGAGCUGCACCGCUUUUGGAGUAACGCAAGUCUGCAUUGUGGGGCAGAACGCGUACAACACGUUCGGAAGUCAUGGGGCUGCUGAGUAUGUUGACAUUCGGCACUUUUGGAAGUUGGAGGAUGCAGCAAAGUAUCUCAAGGAAGAUUGUCAGUGUGACAUAGUUGGAGUUGAGAUCGUGGAGGGAGCCCUCGCUGUGCACAAGCGCCCUUUCAAGAGGAAUACUGCUUUCAUUCUUGGCAACGAGGGCACAGGCCUCUCACAGAAGCAGAUCGAGAUCUGCGAUUAUUUUGUGUAUAUAUCUCAGUACGGGCCUGGUACUGCUAGCUUGAAUGUGACGGUAGCUGCCUCCAUAGUCCUCCACGCAUUUGCUGUCUGGGCUGGGAUGCCCGAAAGAGGCCGGGAAGGGCAGAAGUUCGUGGUGGCAGAGAGACCGGUUCGGCAGACGACUAGACGAGUGUGUCAAGAUUCGCCUGAGGAUGUGGCGGCAGCUAGGAAAGAGAGACAGGCAGCCAGCCUGCAGGAUCAUAGUGACGAUUUAGGACUGGGGAGCAUUGACCUCGAAGAUUCUGCAAGUAAUGAGUAAGUUGCUGGCAGGAUAACGUCAGCGCGUUCAUAUAAGCAGGUAGCUUAGGAGGAUAGCUUAAACGGUGCAGAUGCCGGUGAAGAGGCCACUACAAUGAAUUAGAUAUUUCUGAUCAGGUACACGUACAUCUCAGCCCCGGCGCGGCACGCCAGUGCAGAUCGCUGAGACGUUUGAUCUUUUCUGAAAACAGAUGGCCCCGCCAGGCAGCUCCAGCUGGGCCGGCGUGCUGCUGGUCUACACCUGUAGGCCCUUGCUUGCAAGAUUGUCCUUG